AUGACCAUCUGGGACAGCCUCACGGGACGAAAGUCCGCUCCCGCACCCUCACAAUCGCCACAGACGCAAAACAACGACUUCGUAAAAGAAGACAGCUUUCAAGCCAUCCCCUUCGACCCAAGCACCAUCCAGAAUCCCCUCCAAGUAACCUAUGACCCUGUGCAAUUACACCCCCUCGCCGGCCUCACCCAAGACACACUUGAAUAUCUGUCUCUCGAGGAUUCCGUCCUUUCCGACAACCAAUCUGCGCUCCCGUCCCGCGGCUGGUCAGACGACUUGUGUUAUGGAACUGGUGUCAGCUACCUCACCGCAUUGUCGAUAGGAGGAGCAUGGGGGUUAGCAGAGGGACUGAAGAAGAACCCGCCGAGCAUGCCACCGCGGUUGCGACUGAACGGUGUUCUCAAUGCGAUUACACGGCGAGGUCCCUUUUUGGGAAACAGCGCGGGUGUGAUUGCAAUGGUCUACAAUGGGAUAAACAGCACAAUUGGCUACUACCGAGGCAAGCACGACAUGACCAACAGUGUGGUCGCGGGCGCCCUCAGCGGCGCGAUAUUCAAAAGUACGCGGGGCACAAGGCAAAUGGCGAUUAGUUCUGGCAUUUGCGCCGCUGUGGCAGGAAGUUGGGCAAUUACGAGAAAGGUCUUCUUCGAACCCGCAUCUGACCAUUCCCACUCAUAA